AAUAUGAAGAAAACAAAAUAUAUGGGGUCAAAACUCAAAUUUACUCUUAUACUUUCUUGAAUUCCAUGUAGAUUGUUCCUUGUCCUUUAAAGCUGAUAGAGGUUUCUCUCUCGCUCGUUAACAAUACCCAAGCUUCCAUCCUCGCCGGCAACUUUGCUAAGUGCUCCGACUCGAAUCUCGCCGGCCAUUGGAGGAGGAGGAAGAAGAUGAUCUUCAAGAUCGAAGACGUAACGGUCUACUUCCCUUAUGACAACAUAUACCCAGAGCAAUACGAAUACAUGGUCGAAUUGAAACGAGCCCUAGACGCCAAGGGACAUUGCCUUCUCGAGAUGCCCACCGGAACUGGCAAAACCAUCGCCCUCCUCUCCCUCAUCACCAGCUACCGCCUCUCUCGUCCCGAUUCUCCGAUCAAGCUUGUCUACUGCACUCGUACUGUCCACGAGAUGGAGAAAACGCUCGGUGAGCUUAAGAUCCUCCACGACUAUCAACUAACCCAUCUCGGCGCCCAGGCCAAGAUCCUCGCCCUCGGUCUCUCCUCCAGGAAGAAUCUUUGCGUUAACUCUAAGGUUUUAGCGGCGGAGAAUCGCGAUUCAGUGGACGCUGCGUGUAGGAAACGCACGGCUAGUUGGGUUAGAGCUUUGGCCGCGGAGAAUCCAAAUGUACAACUCUGUGACUACUUCGAAAGCUACGAGAAGGCUGCUGACAAUGCCUUAUUGCCUCCUGGUGUUUAUACUUUAGAGGAUUUGAGGGCGUUUGGUAAGAACCGAGGAUGGUGUCCUUACUUCCUUGCCAGGCAUAUGGUUCAGUUCGCCAACGUUAUUGUUUACAGCUACCAGUAUUUGCUCGAUCCUAAGGUUGCUGGAAUCAUAUCCAAGGAGUUACAAAAGGAGUCUGUUAUUGUGUUUGACGAGGCCCAUAAUAUAGACAAUGUGUGUAUUGAAGCACUCAGCGUCAGUGUCAGAAGAGUUACACUUGAAGGAGCUAAUCGAAAUCUUAAUAAAAUUAGGCAAGAAAUUGAUAGGUUCAAGGCUACAGACGCUGGAAGACUGCGAGCUGAAUACAACCGGCUAAUUGAGGGUUUGGCACUGAGAGGGGACUUAUCUGGAACUGAUCAAUGGCUUGCAAACCCUGCACUGCCCAAUGAUAUUCUAAAGGAGGCUGUCCCAGGGAAUAUUAGACGGGCUGAGCAUUUUGUGCAUGUGUUACGCCGGUUACUUCAGUACUUGGGGGGACGGCUAGAUACUGAGAACGUGGAGAAAGAAAGCCCUGUUAGCUUUGUAUCCUCCCUUAAUUCUCAGGCUGGAAUUGAGCAGAAAACACUGAAGUUCUGUUAUGACCGGCUCCACUCUCUCAUGAUGACCCUUGAAAUUACAGAUACCGAUGAGUUUUUGCCUAUCCAGACAGUAUGUGACUUUGCAACUCUUGUUGGGACAUAUGCACGGGGAUUUUCCAUCAUCAUUGAGCCUUAUGACGAAAGAAUGCCUCAUAUUCCAGAUCCUAUAUUGCAGUUGAGCUGUCAUGAUGCGUCUCUGGCUAUAAAACCGGUGUUUGAUCGUUUCCAGUCAGUAGUGAUUACGUCAGGGACCCUGAGCCCAAUUGAUCUUUAUCCCCGUCUUCUUAGUUUCAAUCCUGUUGUUAGUCGAAGCUUUAAGAUGUCGAUGACACGAGACUGCAUCUGUCCCAUGGUUUUAACUCGAGGAAGUGAUCAGCUCCCCGUUAGCACCAAAUUUGAUAUGAGAAGUGAUCCGGGUGUUGUGAGGAAUUAUGGAAAGCUUUUGGUAGAGAUGGUAUCUGUUGUUCCUGAUGGAGUUGUCUGCUUCUUUGUUAGUUACUCAUACAUGGAUGGCAUUAUUGCUACAUGGAAUGAAACUGGAAUUCUGAAGGAAAUUACGCAACAGAAACUUGUCUUCUUCGAAACGCAAGAUGUUGUAGAAACAACACUGGCACUUGACAAUUAUCGCAGGGCUUGUGAUUGCGGAAGAGGUGCAGUGUUCUUCUCUGUAGCCAGGGGGAAAGUUGCUGAAGGGAUCGAUUUUGAUCGUCAUUAUGGAAGACUGGUUGUAAUGUUUGGAGUGCCUUUUCAAUAUACAUUAAGCAAGAUAUUACUUGCACGAUUGGAGUAUUUGCGUGAUACAUUUCAAAUAAAGGAAGGCGAUUUCCUAACGUUUGAUGCCUUGAGGCAAGCAGCUCAAUGCGUGGGGCGAGUAAUCCGAUCAAAGGCUGAUUAUGGGAUGAUGAUAUUUGCAGACAAGAGAUAUAGCCGUCAUGACAAGCGUUCCAAAUUACCAGGCUGGAUACUAUCUCAUCUGCGUGAUGCACACUUGAAUUUAAGCACUGACAUGGCUAUUCAUAUUGCCCGAGAGUUCCUAAGGAAAAUGGCUCAACCGUACGAUAAGACGGGAACUAUGGGCAGGAAAACUCUGUUAACACAAGAAGAUUUGGAGAAGAUGGCUGAGACCGGAGUGCAAGACAUGGUUUAUUAGUAACAGCCGGUCUUGUUCUACCUUUUUCAUUUGAUUUGGGAAUUUAGCAAUCCUAAAAAGUUGGUUUUUUGAAGAAAAAUAAUAAUUGGUUUUUGAUUUGGUAAAGCAUACUCGAUAAUAUAUAUAUAUAUUCAC